CUUGAGAAACAAAUAUAAAUUAAAAUUAUUUUACUCAAAUUAUUAGUAUUUUUCUUAAAAUAAUGAAUAAAAUUAUAAUAUUAUUGUCCGCUCUAGUCUUAGCUUUUGGAUUUGUGGAAGCCAAUACUGAAACUAUCAUUUGCAAGAAGGUAUCUUCGGCUGUUAGAAAAAUUAUGUGGGCUGAUGAAAUAAUUUGCGGAAGUGAAGAUGGCUUACUUCAAACUACCAACGAAGCAAAUGUUAAAGGUGUUAUCUUAGGUUCUCUAAAUAUGAGCUAUUGCAUCGAAAGUUUAAAUUUGUGGAUUGGAAUGAAAUCAAAUGAAAAUCCUACGUUUAAUUUAGUACAAGAAAUGGACCUCAGAAUUAUAUCUAAUAGAACAAUGAAUUUUAGGAAUAGAGUUCUGAGAAGAAUACUAUUAAGACCUGUAAACGGCAUCCUAACCAUAUUUAUUGGAGGAACUGCCAUGUUAAGUGAGUCAGUCUCGGGAAAUGUCACAAUUAUAUCCGAUAGAACUAUGCUUUACGUUCUUCAACAUAACGGCACCACAAUAAACUUCUAAUGGAUCAAUACUAUUGGAGAAAUCAUGAUUAUUAAUCUUAGAAAUGCUUAAACUUUAUAUUUAUCUUGGGGAUUGCAUUAAUCAUAUACCAAUAUAUAUAUGAAUAUAAAUGAAAUGGAUUGAUCAUUUUAUCAAUAAAAUUUUUUGCUUACAAGUUA